UGUGAAACCACAACAGGUGCAGGGGAAGAGCUGGCGUGCCCCUCGCAGGACCCCAGAUCAUCUUAUCCGGGCCAGGUGGUGUCAGCAGUGGGAUCGAGUACCCAGCUAGGGACCUCGGCACAGCCCCGUGGGGACGUGGCCAGUGGCCAGGAGCUUCCCAGCAGGCUACCAGGGAGUCGCCAUUGGGGACCAAGCCUCGAAGUCAGCCAGCACCUCACUGAGCUCACAAAAUGGCUGCCACUCAAGAGGUGCCGCCCCCCGCCCUGGGCCUCCAUUUCCUGUACCCACUGGAGGAGACGGUGGCACCGCGUGUGAAAAUGGAGGAGCCUGAACCACUCGUCCCCGAGCCAGGCUGGGAGUGGGAGGCAGCCAGUAAGGCACCUUGGCUGGUGCAGGCUGGGACCAUCGGGGAGCUGCUGAGGUGGGCGGCUCCUCAGCAGGCCCGGCCCGAGGAGACCCCCCAGUGCUGGUGGGGACAGCGGUCGCCCUUGGAGGUCAUCCCCCCCUGGGAGAGCCCAGCGCUGCCAGAUAACAGCGCCCUUUUUGGGCAAGCAGCCGACACCUGCCCCUGGCCCCGAGGGGAGCGCUUGGCACGACUCACGCCAGCCCUCGGGGGCGAAGCCUUCAGCAGCCCGCGGGCCGGGGACACCAAGGAUUAUGGGAAGAUGAAGGCAGCCAUCUUGGGAGCAGAGAGGGCAGCCAUCUUGGGAGAGCCACUAGCGCGACUCACGCCAACACUCAGCACGGAGGCCUAUCGCAGCCUAGAGGCCGGUGACGCCAAGGAUUAUGGGAAGGCUGCCAUUUUGGGGGUGGACAGGGCAGCCAUUUUGGGAGUGGACAAAGCAGGCAUCUUGGGAGAACAGUUGAUGCGACUCACACCAACCCUUAGCAGCGAUGUCUAUCGCAGCCUAGAGGAUGCCAAAGAUUAUGGGAAGGCUGCCCUCUUGGGAGUAGAUAGGGCAGCCAUUUUGGGAGUGGACAAGGUGGCCAUGUUGGGAGAACCAUUAACACGACUCACGCCAACCCUCAGCAGCGAGGCCUACCGCAGCCUGGGGACAGGGGAGGCCAAGGACUAUGGGAAAGCUGCCAUUUUGGGGGUGGAUAGGGCAGCCAUCUUGGGAGUGGAGAAGGAAGCCAUCUUGGGGAUGGACAAGGCGGCCAUCUUGGGAAUGGACAAAGCAGCCAUCUUGGGGAUGGGGAAGGAAGCCAUCUUGGGGAUGGACAAGGCGGCCAUCUUGGGAAUGGACAAAGCAGCCAUCUUGGGGAUGGACAAGGCGGCCAUCUUAGGAGAGCAGUUGACCCAUCACACACCAGCCCUCAGUGGUGAGGUCUACCGGAGCCUGGAUCCCAGAGAUGCCAAGGGUUAUGAUAAGGCAGCCCUCAUGGGAGAGCAAGUGACCCCAUUUAUGCCCAGCCUCAGCAGCGAGGCCUACCGUAGCCUAGAGACUGGAGAUGCUAAGGAUUAUGGGAAAGCUGCCAUCCUGGGAACAGAUAAAGCGGCCAUCUUGGGAGCAGACAAGGCAGCCAUCUUGGAACAGCAACAGAUACAAUUCACGCCAAUCCUCAGUGGCGAGGCCUACCGUAGCCUAGAUGCUGGAGACACCAAAGAGUAUGGCAAAGCAGCCAUCUUGGGUGUGGGGAAGGCAGCCAUUUUGGGAGUGGGGAGCAGAUCCUGGAGCUGCUGGUCCUGGAGCAAUUCCUGA